AUUUAUGUUGAUUCUACGUUUCAGAUGGCAGCUGAUAAACUGUCCCAGCCCACCGACCCUGUGGCCCCAUCUGGUCAAGAAGCAAAUGCAUUGUCAAUUAAUGAGGAACUCGCGAGAUUCAAGCCUACAGCGGCUGAAAACAAGCGUGUUUUGAUUAUAUCCCUUUUUUAUCUUUUCGUUGCUUUGUUCAUCGGUGUUCCGGUAUGGCUGAGGACAACUGCGACCUACCAGGCUCCACUGCCUUUUUGGGCUAUCAAAGCCUUGUGUUCGCGCCCAAUUCAUGUUCAAGUCCCGAUGGAUAUUAUCAGCUUCUCGGAGACAUUGCUACCGGAUGACCUGGCUGAGAUUCAGACUCAGCUUACGCAAUCGGUUGAUCCAACUCUUCGCUGUGGAUCGAUUCAGCAUACGACUGCUAAACUGAAAGUUGACUGUGAUGUCCGUACUCGCUUAGCAACUGAGCCUGAACUACAGUUUUACACGCACGCGCUUUCCAACAGUAUAAGCUUUAGUAAUUUUCUGAACAUGAUCAGUUCAGAACUCUUUGGUGAUUGCUCCUCUGCUGCCGAGCUAUCGCAGCUCGAAAACCAGCGGUACUCUUGCCCUUCCGACUCUUCGUUAUACACCUUGGUAGUGCUUCCACAAAAACUACCUUCUCUAUUCAACAUAUCGGAAGUUGCCUCAAACUUAGUUCAACGAUCCGCACAUCGCAAUCUGUUGUAUAUUGUGGAGCCAUUUGCUGGUACCAAGAGCGAGGGAAGACGAAAGUUAGCUUCUCAGAUAGCCGUCAUUAUGAAUUCCGUUCUCCUUCCAGUUACAGAAAUUGAACAUCUGACUGCCCCGUCAUCGGCUACCACUCAAGAAGAGGGAUCUCUCCAGUUAACCUAUUCCAGAGUCCCAUCCUCGUCGAUUUUCUCAAAGACUCGACAAUUGCCUCCGUCUACCGAUUAUGAUAUAAUGAUGACCAUCAUAACACAUUCUGGCGAAGCGCCUGUCGAAUUCCCACAGGGCAUGGAAUCCCUCGACUGGGCAUAUCAACUGCUUCUUGAUCCCACACCCUGGAUACAGUCGCAAUUGGAGGAGGUGUUCACUUCCUGGUUGCCAAAUGUCCGAUUUCAUUUCUCUUCACAGCGCCUUCAUGCAGUGGACACUGAACAGUUAGGUCACAGCCGUCUUAGUGAGGAUUACACUUAUCGGUAUUAUACUGCAGAUGAUCUGUCUAAUGUUGUUAACCAGCUGGAAUCCUUUCUGGGUGCGCCCCAGACUGCAUCGGCAGCCACCCGGGAUAUGGCUGGCACAAAACCGGGGCUCCAUCUCAUUCUUCUGUUGGCUAUGCCACUUAAUUCGGGAGUGGCGAAUGAUUCUUCAUCAGAUUGUCCCCUUCCCCUCAAGUUUCUUCUGCCCACACCUUCCGGAGAAUCAACCCUAACGGAUGUGGCUGUUGUACCGCAGUGGGGUGGACUCUUUUCCGUUGGUGCCCCCUCACCAUGUACACAACACGGCCAUAGGGCUGCACUUGUCAAGCGACAACUCAUCACAGUGAUUCGUUCGCUUCUGGGUCUCAGGGAGACCACACAAUCACUGGUUCGUUUCAACCCUGCUAUUCCAUCACCCGAUCGAUUUGGAAAAGUAGAUCACUGGGAGCUCGACAGUUGGUUCCUUCGUCGCACUGUGGAAAGCUUGCUAUCUAUUCGCAUGACAAUGACGGCUCUUGUGGAUCUGCUUUCACGCUUCCCCAAUAUGGUUGUCAAUGAUUAUGUCGCAUCCGAGGUAACGCUUUCGGUGAAUAUAUGGGCGCAAACUUUGGAUGAUCUGCGAAGUGUUAGACAUCUUUCGAAUACCACAGGUUUCGGUGGCAUAUUCAGUCGUGCACAGGACAGUCUGAGUUCAGUGGAUAGUGCCUUUUUCGACCACACGCUUUUAGGUCGUCUCUACUUCCAGGAGGAUCAGAAGUUCGGAAUUUACGUACCACUUUUUGUCCCCGUCGGAGUCGGUCUGCUUUUGUCCACGAAAAAUGCACUUCGCAUUCUGUUUCCCAAAGAACCUGUUCCAUAACAGACGAAUGUCCCGAGUGUCUGUGAUAGUAUGCGCUCAACUUCGUAUAUCCAUUAUGUAGUUUCUUAUUGAUAAUCUCAAUGUCCGUGUCAUGUUCCUAUUAUUUAUAGGUUCGUAUUUUUAAUACACGCUCUUGCGAAU